UAGAACUCAUGUUCGUUGAUGCUAUGACAAAAGCAAAUGAUUAUCUGCAAAUUGCAUCAUACAUUGAUGAUCCAGCUCAAUACUGGAAGUUAGACGACACAAUAAUGAAAACCAUUGAAACUUCUUCCCAUCAAGAGCUGAAGGAAUCUAGAGACCUAAUUCUUCGCAUACGGAGAAGGGAUCUUUACCAGUUUUGUAACGAGUUCGCUGUUCCAAAGGACAAGCUGGAGCACUUCAAAAAUGUUACUCCUCAAGAUAUAAUUUGUUCGCAGAAUUCUAGUCGCCCUGCGCUGCGGGAGGAUGAUAUUGCGGUGAGCAAUGUCAAAAUUGAUCUUACUCGUGGAAGGAAGAAUCCACUUGAAAGCAUCAACUUUUUCCAGGAUUACGAGAGCACUGAAAAAUUCAGCAUUACAGAGGAUCAGAUCAGUCAUUUGCUGCCUGCAUGUUGCCAAGAUAUGAUAGUUCGAGUUUAUUCCAAGAAGCCCGACCUAGUGGAAGCAAUAUCUGAGGCCUUUGAGAAUUUUCAAAUGAAGACAUACGGGAUGAAAACUCAAGUGCACUCGACUCCAGAGAAGAAGAAACGCCCCAGGUAUAACAAACCUGCAGUGUUUUAGCUGUAUUAAUCCAUCUACUUCAAACUUGUGUGUCACGUUUGUAAAGGUAGAUAUCAAGUGUAAAGUCGAUAGGAGACAAGCUAGGUCUUUCUGUAAGAUUUCCGAUAUAUUACAUAUAAUCUAUAUGUCAUCAAUUGGUGUUAUUUCACGACACACAAGUUUUCCUCGAUCAGCCAGUAGGAUUGUGCUGAUUUUAGAAGCUUUUGACAACUAAUCGAGGAUUUGUACACUUUUGACAACUGAAAACAAUUUAGAUGACAAACAA